UAUUCUUUUUAAGCAAGGUAACUUAUAAGCUUGUUCUUCCCUUUAUUCUUUUUUAGAGAAUGUAAAUAAAGCCUUCACACAAUCUCUAUCUCCUCUUAUAUAGAAAUGAACCCUAUUCUUCUUUCUUUGCAUCCAUAAUUUGUUCUUGAUUCUCUAUCUAUUUUCAGCUAAGUUUCUCAUGAAAAAUAUAUAGAAAACAAAGAGAGAUAAACAAGAAUAUAGUGAGAAAUGGAAAGAAUGUUCUCUCCAAAGAAGCCCUCAACUAUGAUGAAUUCUCAUGAUAGACCCAUGUCAUGUGUUCAAGGUGACUCUGGCCUUGUCCUCACCACUGAUCCAAAACCUCGGCUUCGAUGGACCGUCGAACUCCAUGAACGCUUUGUUGAUGCUGUUGCUCAGCUUGGAGGACCUGAUAAAGCAACUCCAAAAACAAUCAUGAGGGUUAUGGGUGUGAAGGGUCUUACCCUUUACCACCUUAAGAGCCAUCUUCAGAAAUUUAGGCUUGGAAAGCAACCCCACAAAGAAUUCAAUGAGCAAUCUAUUAAGGAUGGUAUGAGAGUUUCUGCUUUUGAACUGCAAAGAAAUACUGGUACCUCGUCUUCUAUGACUGGUCGUAACAUGAAUGAGAUGCAAAUGGAGGUACACAGAAGACUGCAUGAACAGCUAGAGGUUCAAAAGCACCUUCAAUUGAGGAUUGAGGCUCAAGGAAAAUACAUGCAAAGUAUAUUGGAGAAAGCUUAUAACACACUUGCAGGUGAAAACAUGGCAGCUGCAGCUACAAAUUUCAAGGGCAUCAAUGGAACUCAAAGCAUCCCCGACAUGAAAGAUUUUGUUUCUCCUCUUAACAAUUUUCCUCAUUUUCAAGAUCUUAACAUUUGUGGUAGUGAUGAUGAACAACUUGAUCUUCAUCACAACAUAGAGAGGCCAACCCUUGAUAGAAUUAUAAUACCUAAUAAUAACAAUAAUAAUGAAAAUUUGUUUGUUGGAAAAAAAAGGACUAACCCUUUUAAUGGAAGUGGAAAGAGUCCAAUAAUAUGGAAUGAUAAUGAUCUUAGGCUUCAUGAUUUGGGAACAACUUCAUCAUCAUGCAUUAGUCCUGAAGAUGUUCCUAAUUUCAAAGGUGACUCAUGUGAUGAAAGUGAUCCUAUUGUUGAUAUUUAUGACACAAAAGUGAGUGAGAAGAAAUUUGAUGCAUCUAUGAAGCUUGGAAUAACAUUACCUAUGAUCAAUGCUGUUGCAGCUGGUAGAAGCUCAUCACCAUUUGGUUGAGAAUACUAAUUAUAAUUGUUGUAUGUGACUUACUUUAGAGAAGAGAUGUAUUUUUGAGUUUGGUCCUAGAAAUGAUCAGUGGUUCAUGCUAGGAUUAUUUUUCACUAUUAAAUAUUUAUGGUACAAUGUCAUAUACCAAAUGUCUUAUUA